GCGGAAGUUACGACAUUUUGAUCGGAAGUAACAACGGGAGCUUGCUGGCUGUGAAGGCGUCCAUGUCAAUCGCGUCUCAGCUUCAGGCGAUCAAGUCCGUUAUUAAGGGGAAAGAUGAUCCAAUCCGUAGGCCCAUCACUCGCCCCUCCGUCCUGUUCGACCCCAAGGAGGCUGCUGAUAUCGAUCUAAGAUCGAUUCUUCCAUUAGCACAAUCCGGUUUGGAAGCUCUUAUCAAGGUGGACGACCGUUUCACAAGCUACAUGUCUACUCUUUUUAGCCAUGCAACUCUUGAAAUAGACAGGGAUAAGAUGACUGCAAAAGAAGAGGAGAAGCUGAACAAGUCAAUAUGCUCAUACCUGCAGCUGUUGGCAGGUCAAUUGCAUCUUCCCUCUGCCCUUGGGACGUUGGAGUAUCUCAUUCGUAGAUACCAGGUUCAUGUCUUCAAUGCCGAGGAGCUUGUUCUAUGUGCACUACCUUAUCAUGAUACUCAUUUUUUCGUCCGUAUUAUUCAGUUGAUGGAUUUUGGAAACAAAAAGUGGGCUUUUUUGGAGGGUGUGAAGUCAUCUGGUGCGCCACCUCCAAGAAAGGUUAUCGUGCAGCAGUGCAUUCGAGAUAAAGGAGUUUUGGAGGCCUUAUGCAACUAUGCAUCAUCAACUAAAAAAUUCAAGCAUUCAAGACAAGUUAUCUGCUUUUGCACUGCAGUAACUGUGGAGGUUCUUGGUUCUCUUCCAAAGCUUGAUACUGAUACAAUACAAAGAAUUUUAACCUUUGUAUUCAAUGGGUUUAAUCCUGUUGUUGGUGGAAGUCCUGAUCACGUGGCAGGUGCACUAAUGGUUGUAGGCUUAAUGGCAACUAGAGCCACAUUGGCAUCUAAACUUGUUCAAAAUUUGGUUUUCAUCAUUGCGCGGUUUGCUGAACGCGAGGCCAGAAAAUCAUCCGACUUGCCAAUGCUUCGUGUUACAAUAAUGGCCAUAGUUACCCUUGUUCAGUCUCAGUCAUCACAGACCUUUCCAAAGAAGACUAUGAUGAUGCUGAAAGAGAUAAGGGAUUUUGUUGGCAUACUUAAUGGAUUGUCACAAGAGUUCAAUAUUCAGAAUUUUCUGCGUCUUUAUGUAGAAUCAUUGAUUGAUUGCAGCUUGUCUGAUGAUUGCUAUAAUCAUUUGCUUGUUAAUGUGUUGGAAACACUUCCUGUCAAUCAUUUUGUGGAAAAUAUUGUGCAUAAGAUCCUUGGACAGUGUAUGAAAUUCUUACAUUCUGACAUGUCAAAUUCAAGUGCAGCAGGUAUCCGGGCUAAGCAAAUUUUGGCUGUGAUAAACAAUCAAUAUCCAUCUGAGCUGCAGGGAGCUGUUCGGAAAUUUCUCAAGAGCUCAAAAUUGAAGUUAGGGGAGGAGGAUUCUACUUUUGUAGUUUUCUGUCAGAUGCUUGAUGGAAACUCAGACCUGCCAAUGAAAUUGUCCGAUUCAAAAGUUUGGUUUUCUCUGGAACAUCCUAAGGCUUCUAUUCGCCGUGCUGCUCUUUUAGAUUUAGCUUCAUCUGGUAACUUGGAAUCUAUUGUUGAGCAUCCAUGGAAACUUGUCAAUGUAAAAGAUGCUAUACUAUGUCGGCUUUUGGAUGAUGAUCUUACCGUUGUCCAAGCAGCGUUAUCUAUUAGUGAGCUAUCCAAAAUUGUUAAUCCACGUUCUCUUCUCAGGGCAUAUCACAACGUAUUUUUUAGGUGCAUCGAUUUAAUUAAAAAAAAUGCAGGUACAGAAAUGGCAGCCUCUGAUGUGGCUGUAUUGUGCCUUGAACAUAUGGUUUUGGAUAUUCCGUCGCACCAGAAUGAUUUUCUUAUGGAAGUUGCGGGAAUAAUAUUUCCUGUUCUUCUUGUUCUCCCACAGACUUGGAGGGUGAAUGUAAAAGCAUUGGAGCUUGUUAAGAACUUGCAAUGGCCAUAUUACUCCGACAUCAAAGCAUGUGAUUCAGAUUUUGAUGAUCGUGAGUUAAAGAGUUUAGACCAUGGGCAGAUGACUACCAUUAACAUACGAACAAUUCAAACCUUGGCUGAAACUUUUGCUGGAAAUCCUCAAGGUCAUAUUGAGUGGUUGGUAGCAUGUAGCAUGCAAAACAAAUCAGCAAAAUGUUUUUUCUUCUUCAUCAUUCUUCAGGCUUUGGCUAAUUGCAAAGAAGAAUUUGCCAAAAUAUGGAGGCUUUUUGAAGCUUGCAUUGCUGCUAUUAAAGAUGGGUGGCUUGAAAUGUUGUCGGUUAAUGAUGAUCUUCUUGCUGCAAAGUUUCUUAAGGAUGAGUGGUGUGAACUGGAAUCUGAUGGCAAUGUUAUCAUUAUUGGAGAGUUAAAUUUAGAGAGGUUUGAUAAAUCAUACCGGCGAUUAGCUAGGCAGCUGUUACAUCACGAUUCUGAUACAUUAUGUAAAAAGAUACUUAUUUGUAUUCAUUGGUGUCUGCUGGAAAUAUGCACUGGAGUUGCCAGAAGAAAUACCUCGUUGGAGGAUCAGCAACUAUUGCUAUUUGAACAGCUGUUUCUUUUUUUUGCUUCAUCAAGCUCAUUGAGUAUCUUCAAGAAGCAACUUCCUUUAGUUGUUAAAAAUUGCUGCAAAGCUCCAUUUCAGUUUCUGUCCAAAUAUUUUGUGGAAGAAGGAUUUUCUGCUGAGGUUCAAGUUGAAAGUUUAUUUUCAUUUGCUUCUAUCUGUUCCAUGUAUGCAUCAGAUAGGAGCCCUACAAAUGGAAACAUUCUGUCUUCACUUUUAAUAUUUCCUUCACUUCUUGUACCUCUUACCAGUGUCAAUAAGGAGAUUCGCACUGCUGCUGUAAACUGUGUUGAAGGAAUAUAUAAGCUGUGUCAGUGCUACGAUGUUUCUCGUUUGAAGAAUGGUAUCGAUGCAAUGUUUCUUCAAUGUGUAUCAUCCCCAAAAUUUGGAGAGUUUUUGGAGUCUAUUGUCAACCAAAAGCGGCUGAUCUCAUCAGAUGUGAAUUUUCUUCCUUCACUGUUGACGUCAUUGUUAAGCCCAUCUAGUGAGAGUCUUUUAGUAUCGGAUAAAUCUCAUAAAAGGUUUGACCAGUCUUCUAAGAAUGUCAUCCUGCAGUUCAUUUUGACUUCAGCAUUGAAAUUCCCUCCCUAUGGAAAGCAAAAGGUGCUUUCCUUGCUUAAAGCUAUGGGUAACACCUUACUGCAAAUGGAAGGCUGCAAAGAGUUGCUUAUGGGGCUUCUUCAGAAACGCAAGGAGUAUUAUGUCAAGGCUGGGAAGCUACAUGAGAGGCUAUUGGAAAAUGAGAUUGAGACAUUGUGCUUGCUUUUGGAGAUUUGUGCGCUACAGUUGAGUACUUCUGUUGAUGCUUUUCGUGUAAGCUGUCUUAUGAAAGCUUUAAAAGUGGAAAGUUUGUUAUUGGAUGAACCUGCAGUAGUAAAACCCUGUGUCACUGUGUUGAGAAAUCUUACAUGCACCUUCUUCAUCAACUUGGAUAGCAAUAUACAGGAUGAAAUCUUUAUCAACCUGGUUUUUUUGGCCCGGAGUGACAGUGGAGACAUAAGAAAUGCUGCUAGAGAAGUGAUUCUUAAUUUAAAUCAGAUAAAUUGUUUAACAAUUGUAAGAUUACUGGAAAUUUUUUGCCGAGGUCAGCAUAUUGGCUCCUUAAAAAGAGAAAAGAGAAAGAAGUCCAUAACCUUUCAAAGUUUAAAUGCUUGUAAAGAUCAGUUUGAUGGUGGAAGGGAAAUAAUUUUUGUUUUGGGUUCCUUGCUUGAUAUUGUGUUACUUAAGAAAGAUAUUGUCAAUAGAUUUUAUCUGGUGCAACCAUUAUUUGAAGUCCUAGGAAAGCUUUUCUCGAAUGAUUGGCUUCUGAGUUUAUUGAGUUCUGACACAACUGAAAAUGGAUCUGUAUCUGGAUUUUCUGAAUCUUUUUUAGCUGUCCUUCAUCCUGCUCAGCAUUCUACACUGUUAAUCCUCAAGGAUAUUAUUGACUCACAUGUUAUGGGACAUUCUGAUAAGGAUGACUUAUGUAAUAAGCUUAAUAUUAAUCUUCUGGUUGAAUGUGCUCAGUCGGCUAAGGAUGCUACCACUCGCAAUCACAUUUUCUUGUUACUAUCUUCUGUUGCUAAGAUCUCUUCUGGCUUGCUUUCUGAACAUAUUGUUGACUUAUUUGUCAUGGUUGGAGACUCUGCUAUAAAACAGAGUGACUAUCACUCACAACAAGUUUUGGAGAAUCUGAUACUAGUGCUUGUCCCAUGUUGGUUAGCCAAGACAAGCAGUGUUGGAAAGUUGUUCCAGAUUUUUAUAAAAGGUUUGCCAGAUAUUACUGAGAACCGACGGAUGGCUGUCAUUGUGUUUCUUGUCAGGACUUUGGGAGAGAAGGAUAGCUUGGGCAUACUAUAUUAUCAUCUUUUCCAUUCAUUGAUUCUACGCCUUCAUAUAACCUGGUCAUGUUCUGAAACAGAUUUUCUUGAAUUAUUAUCUCCAUCAUCAAUGAUUUUUAAGGAAUGGGAAUACACGUUUGUAUUACAGCUAUGCAAUCAGUAUUCUAGCAAAAUAUGGCUUCCUUCUCUAGUAAAGCUGUUGCAAGAGAUAGAAUAUAGCAGCAAACAGCAAGAAUUCUUCCCUGAACUAUUUUUGGCGUUGCAAUUUAUCCUUGGGAAAUUAAGAGAUACUGAGUUUGUUUUUGAGCUUGAUUCUGGGAUAGAUGCAGCUUAUAUUCAGGAUACACUCGGGGCACUUAUGGAGCAGGUUGUGUUACACUUGCAACUUCUUGGUGUAAGGUGCAAAGAACUUGGCUUUUCUAAAGGAGCUUUGAAGGAAAUAAGGAAGUGCAUCAGCCAAAUUCUUAAGACCUUAAGAAAGUGGAUGAAUCCUGAUACUUUCUUUAAAUGUAUUGCCCAAUUGCUGGGUAGUGAUGAUUGGAAAGUAAUAAAAAAGACGCUUGGUUUGUUAUGUGAAUCUAUUAAAGAUCAAGUACCUGGUCAAAAGGACAUGGAGAGGGCAAACAAAAAGAGGAAAACUACUGUUUUUGCAAUUCCAGUUACUGCUCAUGUUGUGCCAUCUUUCAUUGAACUCUGCUCUAAAAUUAAUCACCUAGUCUCGAGAGCUUCAGCACAGAUUCCAGUGAAAUUGGCUGCUAUAUCCUCUAUUGAAACUCUGGCAAAGGAGUUGCCUUGUGAUGAUCCAAUUUUUGGUACUUGCCUUCAAUGUGUCAUUGAGGAAAUCAAUUCUUCCGAUUUGGCUCUUUCUUCUGCUUGUAUUCGUAGCACGGCAGCAUUAGUUGGUGUACUUGGUUCUCAAGCUCUUAAACAACUUCCUUGCAUUAUGACACAUAUUUUCAAAAAAGCUCAUGAAGUUUCCAGAUGUCCUCAAAUUCAAUCUAAACAGGGUGAAAAUGGAAUUGAAAGUCAUAAAGUGCCUGUUUUUCUGUCAAUUCUUUCCGCAUUGGAGGCAGUUAUAACACAUCUUAAUUCAUUUCUAAAUCCGUAUCUGGAUGAAAUCUUAGACGUUAUCAUACUUCAUCCGGAGUUUGUUUCAGAUCUAGAUGUUAAGUUGAAGCUAAAAGCCGUUGCUGUGCGAAAACUUCUAACUGAAAAAAUUCCUGCUCGCCUUGUACUUCCACCUUUACUAAAAAUUAUUAAAACUGCAAUAAGAUGUGGAGAAUCCAGCUUAUCUUUGGUUUUUGAAAUGCUGGCCAACAUAAUUGGUGGAAUGGAUAGGCCUUCUAUUAGCUAUUAUCAUGUGAGAAUAUAUGAGCAAUGUUUAGCUUCACUUAAUAUUCGCCAUCAAGUCCCAGAGUCUGUUAAGGACAUUAACGUGGUGGAGCAAAGUGUUAUCCACGCCAUGGUUGUUCUGACGAUGAAACUAACAGAGACUAUGUUUAAACCAUUGUUCCUUCACAGUCUAGAGUGGGCAGAGUCAGAACUGGAAGAAAACCAAUCAACUAAAAGCACGAGCUUAGACCGAUCUAUUUCCUUCUAUAGUUUGGUGAAUAAACUUAUUCAACAGCACAGAUCUCUCUUUGUACCUUACUUCAAGUAUUUGCUUGGUAGUUCCACCCGUUAUCUAACUGAAGAUGAGGUGGUAGAUUCAAAUUCUCCAACUCAAAAGAGAAAAAAGGCUAAGAUCCAAGAUUCAUGCAGUAGCGUAAAUUCUAAAGUUGUCUCGGCUACAAAGUUGUGGCAUUUGAGAGCUCUUAUUUUGAAGGCCCUUUAUCAUUGUUUCCUUUAUGAUACAACAGAGACUAAAUUUCUGGAUACCUCAAACUUCCAGGUUCUAUUGAAACCCAUUAUUUCUCAGCUUAUUGUGGAACCACCAGCCACAUUGAAUGAUUAUGCUGAUUUGCCCACUGUGGAGGACGUUAAUGAAUACUUGGUCUUAUGUUUGGGACAAAUGGCUGUUACAGCAAAAUCUGAUGUUCUAUGGAAGCCACUUAACCAUGAGGUGCUGAUGCAGACAAGGAAUGAGAAGGUCCGGCCAAAGAUUCUCAGUCUAAGGGUGAUUAAAUACUUACUGGAACACUUGAGAGAGGAGUAUCUAGUUUUCCUACCUGAGACAAUUCCUUUCUUGGGUGAACUACUUGAAGAUGUCGAGCUUCCUGUGAAAACACUGGCACAGGAUAUUCUCAAGGAGAUGGAGGUCCUUAGCGGUGAAAGCCUGAAGCAAUAUCUGUGAUAGUUUUCAUUGAUUUGCUGGGGGAGGUUUUUGGUGCCUGCCAUUUAUUUCACCUGCAUGAAGAUGCUGACAGCUGCAGCUAAUUGAAACUAACCAUGUGGGAAUUGGUGUUCAGUAGAGAAUCACUUGACCUGAGGCGCUGGUGGUAUUUAUCAAAUCAAUCACCACGAAGUGCAAGUAAUUUGGAGAAGUUUUUGGUUGGAUAUCCAAAUGCUUGGGAUCAUUUUUGGUAGAAGUCUCUCGCCAAUUAUAGCACUCUUGUUGUUUUUCAACAUGGCUAUUGCUAUGAUUGUCGAGCUUGAAUUUUGUACGUGGCCUUCAUUAAAAAUACCAUUUAUUAUACAUGUUUUUUUAACUUAAAUGCUUUUUUUUGUGUUAUUUUAUUUAUGAUUAAAAAUUUUGAACUACUUUUUUUGUACAUUUUAUAUAAAAAAACAAUAUAUUUUUUAUA